AUGUUCCUUUUCUCUGAUGGCAGCCGCUUGAGUGACUCUGGUGCUUCAACUGGUGCUGGUUGGUAUGGACACUGGGGAGCACAGAAGCUAGAAUGUACCUGUGGGCACCUCUGCCUCCCCAAGCAUGAAGUCUUCGAUGCAGAGGCUACUGCAGCAUCUGCAGGACUGAAGGCUGCCCUUAAUAGUACCCAGGCCUCCUUUACACAGAACCUAUACAUCCUCCUCGACAAUCAAGAAGUGGUACGCCAACUGCAAGGCUGUCCCAAAGGCUCUAGCCAGAGCCUCAUCCUAUCUUUCCAAGAAACUGCAAAUGCCUGGCCCAAUCGAUUCCACUGA